AUGGACGUGCCGGCCGCCGCCAACGCCUUGGGCACUCUCGGUGCACUGAUCCCCCAAGUCGUCAUCAACUACCGCCGCCACAAUGCGACCGGGCUGCAGGCCUCGAUGAUGAUGCUCUGGGCCUGGGCCGGCGUGCCGCUGGGCGUCUACAACAUCGUCGAGGACUUCAACAUCGCCUUGCAGAUCCAGCCUCAGAUCCUGACGUUCCUGAGCCUCGUGACUUGGAUUCAAUGCUACUACUACCAGAGGAACUGGUCUGUCCUCCGCUCCCUCUCUGUCGUGGCGCCCAUCGCCGCCGUCAUGGCCGGCAUCCAGGUCGCCCUCGUCAUCGGCCUGCGCGUGGUCAAGGCCCGCGGCGUCGAGUGGCCCAUGACCCUCAUGGCCGUGCUCUCCGCUGCGCUGCUGGCCGCCGGCGUGCUGCGGCACUACUGGGACAUCUACGUCCACCGCACCGUGCGCGGCAUCUCCUUCAUCUUCGUCGCCAUCGACGCCGCCGGCGACGUCUUCUCCCUCGCGUCCAUCCUGUUCCAACCCCGGGUCGACGUCUUGGGCAUCGUCAUCUACGCCACCGAGUUCGUGCUCUGGUGCGGCGUCUUCGCGUGCGGCGGGUACUACAAUCUCUUGCCGUGGAUCAGGAGGAAGUUGCUUGCCAGGGAUGACGGGGCUGCCGGCAUGGGCGGAAGGUCUAUAGACGAGGACCCGCAGAGCCCGGGCGCCGGUGAUGUUGCACAAAACGGUCUUGCUCUGCAUGACUUGCCCUCAUCGACAUCGGUCUUCCGGACGGCGUCUCGGGACGACUCGGGACUCCGGCCAAGGACCGUCGCUUCGCAGCAGAGUCAACCGAAGUGA